AUGUCGUAUACAGACGAGGCACUCAAGGCGAAGCUGUCUACGCUGAAUGAAACUCAAGACAGCAUUGUGUCGGUCUCACAAUGGAUUCAAUUCUUCAAACGACACGCCGACAAGAUUGCCAAUGUCUGGCUAGUCCGACUACGAGAUGUCCAACCUGCAAAGCGUCUCAACUUCAUCUACUUAGUCAACGAUAUUGUACAGAACUCGAGAGCUCGCAAGCGCUCUGAGUUCCCGGAUGCGUUCGCACCGCUGAUGCCUGAGGCUGUUCAGGCAGCAUACAAAUCAUCUACACCAGAGGCCCAAGGAAAGAUCCGGCGAGUGCUCGAAGUAUGGAAGACUCGAGUCACGUUCGACCCAGCGAUCAUAGCCGCCAUUGAGUCACGGAUCGAGGAUGUGGACAAGGCGAAGGGUGGGAGUGGGACCAAGAAGACGCUUAUGGGCAAAUCACUCUUCGGAGCUUCUGGAGAUUCAGGCUUGCCCAAGGAGCUUGAAAGUCUAGGACCUCUGCAAACAGCUGUCACGAAGGCUACAAUCGAUGCGCGACCAAGCAUUGAUGUCGCACAGAAGGAGUACACGGAUCUCACCGCGGAGGAUGCAGUCCUGCCCACGCCUCCAGUCUACGCUGCACGACUGAAUGGCCUGAUCAAGCAACUUGCUGGUGCUGAAGCUGCUGUCAAUGCUAGUAUUAAGGCUCGACAGGAUCUCGUGGCAGACCUCCAGAGACUCUUGGACAUCAACAAAUCUGCUCUGGCCAAGGACGAGGAGACGUUUCUGGAGCUGGGAAGCAGGAAAACGAGCACAGAAGCUAAGAAGCGAGACGUUGAGGAUGCUAUCAUGCGAGGUCUGAGUCCAGACCCAACUCCAGGUCUUAAUGGAGGAAACAUGCCAGGCUUUAUGGAGGACGCACCCGAGGUCGAGCAAUUGACUCCAGAACCCGAAGCGGACCCGACCGAAACUGCUGGUGGUGUGGCUUAUGGUGAACAAGUAGCAGCCAGCAAUCCUGCCAUCGCUUUGGCUCUGUCUGGUCUUGGGGAGGCCCCUAGCAGAGUGCGGCAAGCUAGUGGUGGCAGCCUCAGCGGACCGAGCGCGAAGAAACGCAAGAUGAGUCAUGGCGACGACGGAGUUGUGCCUGAUCUAGGAGACAUGGGAAUGGGCAAUAUGGGCAGAGAAGGGGAGACUACCGGCAGCGCACUUGGUGACCUCGACGCCGAUGUAAAUGAACUGCUUGAGCAAAGUCGGGGCGCCUGA